AUGUGUGGGAAUGUACAAUCAAAUAAUACAGAUUCCGAUUUCGAAUCUUAUCAACAUCAAGAGGAAGGAGAUGAAAAGCCAGGGCCAGAAAAUAGACAGACUAAUAGUAACCUAGGAAGUGGUACAAGUUCAAACGCAGCUCCAUCUAUUUCUGGGUUUCCAUCUGACAUACUAUAUGGUCUUGAUGAUGAUAGUGAUAUUGAGCCUUCUUAUGAUCCAGAGGAAGAUUCUGACGUUUUAUUAUCGGAUGAAGAUGACAUUUUAAGACAAAAAAAAACAAAAAAAAAACUACCGGAAAAUGAAAGCAAAUUAAAUGUGGUUGGUGUGAGUCACGUAUAUUUAGAAAACACAUUACACACAAUACAAGUGAAACGAAGUAGGAAUAUUCGUAUAAAAAAUAGCGGAAAUAAACGUGUAAAAGCUGACACAAAAAAACUGAGGGUAGAAGGUGUAUUUACAGAUCUAUUUGACAGUUAUUGCUUGCUACGAGCUAAUCAAGUUGAUUUUCCAGUUCAAGCUUAUAGCAUGAUACAAUUCCAACAGUUUUUCAAUAAGAAGGACCAGUGUAACACGUUUUGUAGCUAUCGAACUGGAAACAUAACAGAAGAGGCAUGGCAUGCUCAUCAAAAACGUAAACAGGACUCGAGAGAUGAAAUGGAAAAAGACAAACGUAAAGCUCAGUUAGGAAAUCAGUUCACAAUAGAAUUAGAUUUUCAGGUCGUAAAAUUAGCUCCCUUUAUACACACUAACGCGUUUUAUUACAAGACCAAGCUUGCCUGCCACAACUUGACAGUAUACAAUUUGGCUACAAAACAUGCCAGUUGCUAUUGGUUUUCUGAAGAUCAGAAUAAUCAGCUUGUUGCAUUAACAUUUACUUCUUGUUUACUAGAUUUUCUUUCAAGAUAUUGUGUAACAGAGAAUAAAAAACCUAUAACAAUUUUUUUGGAUGGAUGCACUGUUCAGAAUCGGAAUGAAGUUAUGGCUAAUGCUCUUUUAAAUUUCAGUAUGUUACAUAACAUAACAGUACAUCAGAAAUUUUUAGAAGUUGAGCAUACACAGAUAGAGGUGGAUUCUGUGAAUACAUGCAUUGAGAGAAAAUUAAAGAAUAGAGAAAUUAAAGUUCCAAGACAAAUAGUAAACGUUCCAACUGUUGUGGAUAUAAGAUCUAUUUUCUACAAUCCGUUAAGACAUAUUAAGGUAAAACUUGAUCAUACGGAAUCAGAUUGGACUGAUCUUCCUGUAAGACCAAAAAAUGAUCCCCACAAUAUCCAAAUAUCCUGCAUUAUUUACCGAACGAUGUAA